AAAAGGCGGCCUGCUCUGCUAGCGGAGGAGGAGCUCGGAGAGGAAGCAGGACGGGCUGGCCGGCAGCCUGACGUACCGGGGAUCGUCUCCAUACAGCCCGGUCCCAAACGAGCCUUGCAGCGCCCGGCAACUCUUGGGCCGCCUCCAGCAACUAGCAGCCAGGGAAAUGGGAAGGCGGGCGGGUCUAGACCGCUGCUGCUGCGGGAGGCUUUGCGGCCUGAGCCUUGCCUUGCUCGGUUUGCUGGCGCUUCUCCCUGGACCGGUAUUUUCAGACUCUUGUGUCUGGUAUGGUCAGUGUGGAAAAGCUCCUAAUGAUAAAAGGUACAAUUGUGAAUAUGAUGGCCCACCACUGCCUCUACCAAAGGAUGGCUAUGAACUAGUACAGGAACUAUGCCCAAGUUUUUACUAUGGGAAUGUUAGCCUUUGUUGUGAUGUCCAGCAGCUUCAGACUUUGAAAGCUAACUUGGAGCUUCCGUUGCAGUUUCUUUCCAGAUGUCCAUCAUGUUUUUAUAAUUUAAUAAAUCUGUUCUGUGAGCUAACCUGCAGUCCCAAUCAGUCUGAGUUUCUAAAUGUCACACAAACAAUUCCGUAUUAUGAUCCUGUUACCCAAAAGAACAAAACCAGCAUCACGGAGUUACAAUAUUACAUCGGAGAAAGAUUCGCUAAUGCAAUGUAUAAUGCCUGUAGAGAUGUGGAAGCGCCAUCAAGCAAUGUUAAAGCAUUAGGACUUCUGUGUGGAAAAGAUGUUAAAGAAUGCAAUGCAACCAAUUGGAUUCAGUAUAUGUUUAGCAAGGAUAAUGGUCAGACUCCAUUCAACAUCAUUGCAGUUUUUUCAGACGUUUCCAUCCAUGGAAUGACUCCUAUGAAUAAUGCUACCAAAGGCUGCAAUGAGUCUAUGGAUGACUUUACAGCACCCUGCAGCUGUCAGGAUUGUUCUGCUGUUUGUGGUCCCAAACCACAACCCCCUCCACCUCCCAAACCUUGGCUUUUGUUUGGUUUGGAUGCUAUGUAUGUCAUCAUGUGGAUCUUCUAUAUGGGAUUUUUACUUGUAUUUUUUGCGAUGGUUUUGGGGAUCUGGUGUUACAGGAAGAGACAUUUUGUUUCUGAAUAUACACCUAUUGACAGCAACAUUGCUUAUUCUGUUAAUUCACACCGGAGUGCUGGUGAUGCUUCCUGGUGUGAGAGGCUUGGUGAGAGGUUUGAGAAUGCUCUGAGAGUCACAUUCACGUCAUGGGGAGCUUUCUGCGUCCGAAAUCCCAGGCCUGUGAUUGUGUUUUCCUUGGUUAUUAUUGCCAUGUGCUCCUCAGGCCUGGCCUUUGUGAAAGUGACUACAAACCCCAUAGAUCUCUGGUCAUCGCCAAGCAGUCAAACUCGUAAAGAGAAAAAUUAUUUUGACACUCACUUUGGACCUUUCUUUCGUACUGAACAACUUAUUAUUCAGGCUCCACACACCAAAUCAGAGAUCUUCCAGCCAUACCUGGGAGCAGAUGUUCCUUUUGGGCCUCCACUUACCAAAGAUAUCUUACAUCAGGUACUAGAUUUGCAGGAUGCUAUUGAAAAUAUAGCUGCUUAUUAUAACAAUGACACUGUAAUGCUGAAGGAUAUUUGCAUGGCACCUCUUUCUCCCUACAACAACAACUGUACAAUCCUGAGUGUACUCAACUAUUUCCAGAACAGUCACUCCGUCCUUGAUCAUUUGGAUUGGGAUGGCUUUUAUGUCUAUGCAGAUUACCACACUCACUUUUUGUACUGUGUCCAGGCGCCAGCAUCUCUAAAUGAUACAACCCUGUUUCAUGACCCAUGUUUGGGGACAUUUGGUGGACCUGUAUUUCCAUGGCUGGUCUUGGGAGGAUAUGAUGGUGAUAACUACAAUAAUGCCACUGCCCUUGUGAUUACAUUUCCUGUUAGGAAUUAUUACAAUGACACAGACAAACUGAUGAAGGUUCUGGCUUGGGAAAAGGAGUUCCUCAAUUUUGUGAAAAAUUACAGCAACCCGAAUUUGACCAUUUCCUUCUCUGCUGAACGUAGCAUUGAAGACGAAAUAAACCGAGAAAGCAAUGGUGAUGUCAGCACUGUGCUUAUUAGCUAUAUCGUAAUGUUUAUGUACAUCUCCAUAGCUCUGGGACACAUCAAGAGUGCUAGAAGAUUCCUGGUAGAUUCAAAAAUUUCCCUCGGCAUUGCAGGCAUUUUCAUUGUACUAAGUUCAGUUGCAUGCUCUCUGGGAAUCUUCAGCUACUUUGGAGUCCCGUUAACGUUGAUUGUGAUAGAAGUAAUUCCAUUUUUGGUGCUGGCUGUUGGAGUAGACAACAUAUUCAUUGUUGUUCAGACACUUCAGAGAGAUGAACGUCUUCAAGGUGAAACUCUAGAUAAGCAGAUAGGACGAAUUCUUGGAGAAGUGGCACCAAGCAUGUUUCUAUCAUCAUUUUCAGAGACAGUGGCUUUUUUCUUGGGAACUUUAUCUACUAUGCCUGCUGUUCGUACUUUCUCACUCUUUGCUGCAGUGGCUAUAUUCAUUGAUUUCCUCCUUCAGGUUACCUGCUUUGUUAGUCUCUUAGGACUAGAUAUUAAGCGUCAAGAGAAAAAUCAAUUGGAUAUUUUAUGUUGUAUCAAAGGGGGUGAAAAACUCAGCAGCGGGCAGCUCUCCGAGAGUGUCUUGUUUCAGUUCUUCAAAAAUAUAUAUUCUCCGUUUCUUCUUAAGGAUUGGAUGAGACCCAUUGUGAUAUCUGUAUUUGUGGGUAUUCUGUCAUUCAGUGUGUCAGUUGUCAACAAAGUAGAGAUUGGUCUGGACCAGAGGUUAUCUAUGCCAGAUGACUCGUAUGUGAUUGAUUACUUCAACUCCCUAAGCAAAUACUUGCAUUCAGGUCCUCCAGUAUAUUUUGUGCUAGAAGAAGGCCACGACUAUACUACUGUGGAUGGACAAAAUAUGGUGUGUGGUGGAAUGGGAUGCAAUAAUAACUCCCUAGUACAGCAAGUAUUUGAUGCAGCAGAGAUUAGUAACUACACAAAAAUUGGCUAUGCUCCUUCUUCUUGGAUUGAUGACUACUUCGACUGGGUUAAACCACAAUCUUCCUGUUGCAGAAUCUAUAACAGAACAGAACAGUUUUGCAAUGCUUCAGUUGUUAAUCCAACCUGUGUGCGCUGCCGGCCAUUAACUCAAGAAGGAAAACAGAGACCCCAGGGUGAAGACUUCAUGAAAUUCCUCCCAAUGUUCCUGUCUGAUAACCCUAAUCCAAAAUGUGGGAAAGGAGGGCAUGCAGCAUAUAGUUCUGCAGUUGAUUUAAUACACAAUAACUCUGAAGUUGGAGCGACUUACUUCAUGACUUUCCAUACGGUGCUGAAAACUUCGGCAGACUUCAUUGAUGCAAUGAAGAAAGCACAAAUGAUAGCAGCCAAUAUUACUGAAACGAUGGGAAUCCAAGAGAAGAAAUACCGUGUUUUCCCUUACAGUGUGUUCUAUGUUUUUUAUGAACAAUACCUGACUAUUGUGGCGGAUACCAUUAGCAACCUUGGCUUUUCGCUUGGAUCAAUAUUCCUUGUUACAAUGGUCCUGCUUGGCUUUGAAGUUUGGGCUGCCAUUGUGGUUUCCUUGACCAUUGCUAUGAUAUUAGUCAACAUGUUUGGAGUCAUGUGGCUUUGGGGAAUCGGCUUGAAUGCAGUUUCAUUGGUCAACCUUGUUGUGAGCUGUGGAAUUUCUGUGGAGUUCUGUAGCCAUGUGACAAGAGCAUUCACAGUCAGCACAAAACCCAGCAGAGUGGAGCGAGCUGGAGAGGCAUUAUCCCACAUGGGUAGUUCUGUUUUCAGCGGUAUUACGCUCACAAAAUUUGGAGGAAUAGUAGUGCUUGCCUUUUCAAAAUCCCAAAUCUUCCAGAUUUUCUACUUCCGGAUGUAUCUGGCCAUGGUACUGCUUGGAGCAACCCAUGGAUUAAUAUUUCUUCCUGUCCUGCUUAGUUACAUUGGGCCUUCAGUAAAUAAAGCUAAAGUACACGCAGUUCAAGAAAGGAACAAAGGUACAGAAAGAGAGAAGCUCUUGUUUUUCUAGCCAUUUUAAACAAAGUGGUCAGUGGAUUCUUGGAAUUUGUGGCUGGAAGGGCCUCUCGUCAAAAUAAACUGCAGCAAACUUCUAUGACUACUGUCUCACACCCAGAAUCACCACUGAAUGGAUCAAUACCAGCAAAACAGCAGCAGCUCUGAACAGUAUGGAAGCAGGAAGGACUACCUGUCACUUUGCAUGUCAGUAUUACUAAAAUUAAAAGCACUAACAGGAUUGUGAAUUACUAAUGUUAGACGACUGUAGCUAAGGGGAAGGCCACGCAUCAAGAAGACAAAUAGAUGUUCUGGUGAGUUUAAGUGAUACGUAUGAGAAGAGAUUGCUGAACUACUGACACUUUUUACAAUGCAAGUCAAUGCAAUUUUGGGCUCUAUUUUUAGAAGAAAAAUAAGCCAUCACUCAAAAUGUUGUAAUUUUUAAUAUUUGCCAAAGGAUCUGUAUAUAUACUUUAUUACAAAAGAGGGAUUUUUGUAGGUCAGAGGUACUUAAAUGAAAUAAAUUAAUUUAUACACUUUGUAUUGAAACAGCUUGGGUACUUCAGGAAGUGGUAGGCUUCAUUAGAGCUUGGUCUCCAAAAACCUGCUUAAAAUACAUGACGUGUUCUUCACAGUGUUCUCCUAUCAAACAGGAACAAAUACCAUAAGGUCAACAUUACUAUGCAGCUAAAGGACAACAUCAUUUGUGGAAUAAGCCGAACAAACCUUUCUGAUAUUUUUAAGCUAUUAAACCUCAGGAGCUGCUUCUUCAACCACCACAGUCUUUAGCUCUGUGUUACUUUACAUUUCCAAAUCAGGCAGCUGGCAUACAUGUAGCAGAAAUACUUGUAAGGAAAAAACCCUGAUGCAAUCGAACUGGAUCUGAAGUAAGAUCGGGUCAACUGGAAAGAGCUAUUGUACACAAGAAAUGUAUCUUGGAAAUCUUGCAAACUGCUGUUUGACUAAUUACUUGAUGGAAAGCCACACCCCCAAGCCAAUGGGUAGAAUGAGGACACUUCCAUUUACUAAGCUAUCUUUUUCUGUAUGAAAUAGGAUAAAUGUCUUUGUAUAGGAAGGGAUUGUUUCCGUAACUGUGCCAGUACAGCCAGCAUUCUUGCCUCUCCCAGCAGAUCAAUAAACUAGGUUAAAUUAAUUCAACCUAGCAGUUUGCCUUGACAUUUCUAUGCACUGAAACUAUUUCAAUAAAAUUAGGCUUUUCAAUAAGUGGAUGUUAAAUUAUCCAGAAUAGUUUCUAGGAAACUGUACUAAGAGGACUUGUUGUGUGGAAAUUUCCUUAUUUUGAGGAGUUUUUUGAGACUUUGGGACACACUGUUGGGAUUUUCCUCCAAUGAAAACUGGGCAGAUGGACAAGUAUAAAAAUAUAUUCAAGUACCCCACACUUCCCCCACCUGUCUACUCAGGAAAAAGAAGUUGAGCAUGUUGAUGAUCAACAACUACACAGAACUGUGGUUCCACGAUUAUUAUUAUUUUUUUGGAAAUACUCAUAUUCCUCCUAGCUGACUAUAUAUUACUGAACUAGGGAAGUGCUGUUUUUACAAUCCUCGUAAGAGCCUCAGAAAAAUGCAUUCUUAAAGUUCAGCUGACAAGACAGCAAGUGCUACAGCAGUAUUGCAUGAAGCAGAAUUAUUCUAAUCCUCCCUAUAAAGCAGUAGCAAUUUACAACUGCUGUUCCAGUAGUAAUUACUUUUACUGCAGCAUUUUAAUGUGUGUGACUGCACAGCAAAUUACCAAGGCAAACGUUAAAAUAUUUUCUUUCUCCCCACUGCCCUUGCAGUUGAUUAUUUAUAAUUCCUUCAAUCAGGCAUUAGUACCAAACAGAAAUGGUUCUAGCAUUUACUUCAGGCUAUCUUUCCCAACUUAAACCAGAAUAUGUGUCAAAUCAGACCAGUAACGUAGAGGCAAUUACAACAUUACAACAGUAAUGUCAGUCUGUUACAACAUUUAAAAAAUAUAUUAAAGGUGUACUGGUAAUGCUUCGACAACUGGUAAUACUGGACAACUUGGGUUUUCUCAUGCUUGCAUUUGUUUGAACUUUCAAAAAUGUUAAUUGCUAAUUUAAGUAUGUAGUUUAAGUCUUAUUUUAGUAACUGGCUUAUAGAAGGAAAAUUGUAUGGCAGGUUCAAUGAAAAUACCUCAACUGUUCAGUUAAUAAACUUUAUGUGGAGAUAAUAUUUUCAUAACUAAACAACUGAUCAAAUUUGAAA